AUGCCCCCUAGACUACCUAUCGCACUCACAGCGCAGCCGAGAGCGAUCCGCGUCGCACAGAGAGCAUUCUCCGCGUCUUUUCAGCGCGGCGAAUCGUCCAGACCGCCCAUACCCACUCCAGCCAAGGGGACAAAAGCGGAGAAAGUAGACCUGGCUGUCCAGCCAUUAGGCAGGCCGUUGGGUGUGCCGAAACCGCCGACGUCGAUACCCAAGACUUGGACGGAUAAGAAGAAUGAGUUGUUGGAUGAGGAUAGACAUAAGGCUACGCGGAGAGCUUUGAUCAAGGAGGCUUCGCAAGGUUACUUUAGGGAUUAUAGUCGAGCUAGCUCAGCGAGUGGAGGAAAGCUAUGGAUCGGGCCGCCCGUCCUAAUUCGAGAAGAUAGAGCACUAUACUUCCCCGACAUAUCAGGCAAAUCCCUAUUGGGUACUCAAACACACACUACCGAUCUUUUAAAGGGCAAGAUCACAUUAUUGUCGAUAACGAGUACGAGGAUAUCUGAGGAACAUAUCGUCUCUUUCACCGCCCCCCUCUUACCUGACUGGCUCCCCUGUCCCUCUACCCCCUCUUCCUCCUCUUCCUUCUCCAAUACCACAUCCGCCUCACUCUUUCAACACGUCCAGAUCAACCAUCAAGCCAACCUCCUGAAAUCCAUGCUGCUCUCGUUCUUCAUUUCGAGCCUGAAACGGACGGUGCCGGAAGAAGGGUGGGGGCGGUAUUUGAUAAGUGGGGGUGAAUGGUCUCAUUACGAUAUCGAAGGUCCGUUAGGCCUCGACAAUAAGCUCGUGGGGUACGUAUUCCUCAUUGAUCAGAACCUCAAGGUGAGGUGGGCGGGAUGUGGGCCUGCUACGGAGGAAGAGGUGGAGAGUUUGAGAAAGGGGGCGGCGGUAUUGAUGAAGCGGGCAUCUGAGUGA